CGGCCCCUUCUCUAAGGAAGCGCAUUUCCUGCCUCUCUGGGCCGGGCUGGAUGAGCCAGAGCUCCCCGCCGCCGCUGCCGCCGGUCAUACCUCGGCCUCCCUCUGCGUCCACAGGCCGGGACCGCCACGCCGCCACCGCCGCUGUCCCCGGCAGCCCAGCAGCCCUGCCUGCCCCACCACCGGCCAGAGCUGCCGGCCCGGCCCUGCGUCCCUGAGCCCACUUCUCCUGAGCCCUCGGCCGCCACCCCAGAAGGCUGGAGCAGGGACGCCGCCGCUCCGGCCGCCUGCUCCCCUCGGGUCCCCGCGCGAGCCCACGCCGGCCCGGGCGCCCGCCCGCAGCCCUGCCUCUGGACACCGGAUAAAGCCCAGCGCGCACAGCUCCCAGCGGACGGCAUGGACCGCGGCGCGCUGCCCCCGCUCAUGGCCCUGCUGCUGGCCUUCUGCAGCCUUGGCCCCACAAGCCUGGCAGAGACUGUCCAGUGCGACCUCCAGCCCAUGGACGCCGAGAGAGGCCGGGUGACAUACAGCACCAGCCAGGUCUCGGAGGGCUGCGUGGCGGAGGUUGCCAGCGCUAGCCUGGAAGUCCACGUCCUCUUCCUGGAGUUCCCAAACGAGGUGUCAGAGCUGGAGCUCACUCUCCAAGCACCCACGCAAAACAGCACCCAGCCCCGAGAGGCGCUUCUGGUCCUCGUCACGCGCAAGAGCAUCUUCCUGCAGCUCCAGGCGCUGGGGAUCCCGCUGCACCUGGCCUACAACCCCAGCCUGGUCAUCUUCCACAAGCCCCCGGGAGUCAACACCACGGAGACCCCACCCUUCACCACCAAGAGCCAGGCCCUCGACUGGGCCGCCACAAGGGGCCCCAUCGCCUCUGCUGCUGAGCUGGAGGACCCCCAAAGCGUCGUCCUCCACCUGGGCCCAGCCCCCGGCUCCCCGACCCGCUGCGUGCUGGAGGCCCCCCAGGACAUGGGCCGCACGCUCCAGUGGUGGCCGCGGGCUUCAGCCCCGGUCCGCAGCUGCCGCUUCGAAGACGUGGCCGGCCACAAGGAGGCGCACAUCGUACGGGUCCUGCCGGGCCCCAAGGCCGGGCCGCGCACGGUGACGGUGCAGGUGGAACUGAGCUGCUGGUCCAGGGACCCCGACGCCGUGCUCAUCCUGCAGGGUCCACCCUACGUGUCCUGGCGCAUCAACACCAACCACAACAUCCAGCUCUGGACCACCGGCGAAUACUCUCUCAAGAUCUUCCCAGACAAGACCAUCCCGGGUUUCCCGCUCCCAGACACCAUCCAAGGCCUGUUGGGGGAGGCCCGCAUGCUCAACGCCAGCGUUGCGUCCUUCGUGGAGGUCCCCCUGGCCAGUGCCAUCCUGCUGCAGGCCUCCAGCUGUGAUGGUGGGCCGCAGACCUCACCUGCGCCGGUGCAGACCACCCCGCCGAAGAACAGGUGCAGCCCGGAGCUGCUCAUGUCCCUGAUCCAGCUGAAGUGCACUGGCGAUGUCAUGAGCCUGGUCCUCAAGAAAGAUCUUGUCCAGGCUCUGCAGUGCACCAUCCUGAACCUGACCUUCGGGGACCCCCGCUGCCAGGCCGAGGACAGCGAGGGCCAGCUGGUCCUGCACAGCCCCUACUCCCGCUGCGGCAUGGAGGUGACCGCCAGCAUGAUCAGCAACGAGGUGGUUGUCCAUGUCCUGUCGGCCUCGUCACCGCAGAGGAAGACCGUGCACUGCUUCAACGCGGAAGGGCUCGCCGUGCACCUGGGCCUCUACGUGAGCCCGCACUUCAGCCAGGCCUCCAGCACCAUUGAGCUGGGACAGCAGGGUUUUGUGCAGGUGAGCUCGUCCCCGCCCCUCCCUGAGCUCGUACUCCAGCUGGACAGCUGCCGCCUGGACCUGGGCCCCGAGGCCGAGAACGUGGAGCUGAUCCAGGGCCGGGCGCCCAAGGGGAGCUGCGUGAGCCUGCUGGCCCCGAGUCCCGACGGCCACCAGCGCUUCAGCUUCCUCCUCCGCAGCUACAUGGUGCCCACGCCCACGGCCGGGACCCUCAGCUGCUCCGUCACUCUGCAUCCCAAGAGCUGGUCCCAGCCGCCCACAGGCCCCGCCCCACCCAGCGAUUGAAGGAGGGCCCAGCCCAGAGCCUCCUUGGACUGGCACAGCUGUGGUGCAGGAAGCAGAGGCCUCGGGGUGUCUGGCCUGGGAGCCCAGAGCGUGGCAAGAGCAGUGGGAGGGGGAGGGAGGGAGCCCGGCCCUCCCAGUGCCAGCCUGCGCAUGGGGACCCCGCCCCGCCCCCGGGGCAGGCAGCAGAUGGGGAGGGGCUCAGCUGCUUGCCCUGCACCCAGCCCUGUAUAUUCAGCCCCAAUAAAUCAGACCUUGAAUCCA